AUGAAAGUGACCCUUUUGUGUUGCUUAUCCCUGUCCUUAAGUCCUUAUCUAUCAGCUGUUCCAACGCCGCUGAUCAACCUUCAUGAGGGUUUUAUUGGUCUUAAUGACAGAUUCAUGGAGCCUCCUUACUUUAGUAAGAUCUCUUUUCUAGUAUUAUAAUUUUAUUUUAUAAGAACCCAUUGCCAAAAAUAAGGCUUACACCUUGGAGAUUUUCAUGGGGAAUGUGGACGAGUUCGAUUACAUGGUGGAUUACUGUGUGGCCAAUAACAUUCGUUUUAUGGAUAGCUACGGGUAUGUUUGCUCUGCCCCAGGUGUUUUACUGAUUCAUCUCCCGAAUGACCAUCGGGAAAUUGGAUAAACGAUAAAAACGAAAAAGGAAGAGCUUUCAGGUGUUUGCGUCCAGAUAACGUGUUCUCCGACUAUCUGGAGACCGAGCAGUAUACACGCCCGGGGGCUGUGAAGAGAACUCUUGUCCACUUUUAUCCCCAGGAUGUGUUCCUCAACAUCGAGUGUGUAAUCACCGUAUUUUCUUGCAGUGGAUGUGCUGAGGUGAGUUGCUAUUAUAGUUGAUAAUGCAAUUCCAAUUUGUGUUGAUUUAAUUAAUUUUUGAUGACUUAAUUAUUCUUCCAGCAUUCUUGUCACACUCAUCCGCGGAUACGGUAUCCUAACUUCACAAUGCCCAUCAGAUGUAGUUACCCGGUCAGUCAGCCCUAUGCCCUCCCUCCCACUCAACCGUAUCCCAUCGUCCCGCCUGCCCCUCCAGCCCCCUCUCCCCCCUUGCCUUACCCUCUGGCACCCCCUCCCAUUCCAGUGCCGGGCCCUCAGAGAUGUGAAAGAUGUCUUUGGGGACUACCCUGGUGGUUGUGGCUGAUCUUCUUCAUACUUCUACUGAUUCUCCUCUGUCUGAUUAUCUCCCUGUGUCUAUGUUGUCUUCUCAGAAGAAGACGAAGAACACGACUUACAGAAAACACAGUUCCGCACAAAGAGAUCUACACCAUAGAAAAGGGGAUUCAGGCCGAGAAACUCUCUGAUUCUAGUGGACUAACAAGAAGAGAGUUAGAUCGGCAUGGAAGUGUGCGGUUAAUCAACGAACACCCAUCAAUAAAUAACAGAAGCAGAAGAAGUUUGAGUGUAGAUAGACACCAUCAGAGAAGUGAAGAAACACGACGGGAAACUGGAGAAGAACAGAGAAGAUUGGAGCAGAUGAGAAGGGAUGAACGGAGGGAUCAGAUGGUCAGAGAACAAAGGAUGAGGGAACAGGCGAUCAGAGAGGAAAGAAGUCGAGAGCAAGCGGCCAGAAGGCAUGGUAAUGGCCAUAAAAGAGCAGGAGGGGCUGCUUAUGACAACCAUCAGUUUGACGUAUACGAAGAAGAUGGAAUGGAGCGAGUAGUCACUGAAUCUCGGGUAUUUUAUGGUAUGUUUAGUGUGUCUGCGAAGCUGGGAUAGGCAUUAUUUGAAUGUCAUGUAAUUUUAGAAAAUUAUCCUCCAACCACGCAGACCACGGAAAUCAGCGCGGAAAGAAGCGGGGAGAGUUAUGUCUCCCCUCAUCCGCCAUCAAUUCAUCUUCAACUACAAAGGGAAUUACAAGACAAUCAGCGAAUGCGGCAACGGAGAGAGCCCUUGGAAGAAUACCGAGAAGAUGGGGAAGAAAUAAGGAAUGCCCGAAGCUAUCGAAAUCGACCAAUCCAUCAUUCGAACGAGGCCCUCAGAGAAGAGACUGUACGAACAAUGCGACAGUCCUCAGUAAUAUAA